GGGGCGGCUGCGGCUGGGCCGGCCGCGGGGGUGGAGAUGGAGGCUGCUGGCGGGGGCCGCCCGCGCUGAGGCAGGCGGGCCCCGGCCGGCAUGGAGAUCGGGCGCGGCGGGGAGCAGGAGGCCAGCAGGAAGGAGCAUUGGAAACUGCUGGGCAAUUUGAAGACCACAGUUGAGGGAUUGGUGUCCAGCAACAACCCGAACGUCUGGUCUAAGUAUGGCGGCUUGGAUCGGCUGUGCAGGGAUAUGCACAGCAUCCUCUAUCACGGGCUCAUCCACGACAAGGUGUACUGCAGGCAGACAGAUUACUGGCAGUUUGUGAAAGACAUCCGCUGGCUGAGCCCGCACUCUGCUCAUCACGUGGAGAAGUUCAUCAGCCUGCAUGAGAAAGGCCAGCCAAACGCAGAUGGUGUAAGUCGUCGAGCCAUAGCAGAGCUGUGGCUCCAGCACAGUCUGCAGUUCCACUGCCUCUCCGCACAGCUGAAACCGCUGCUUGAGAACAGACAGUACAUCAGGAAAUUCUACACAGACGCUGCCUUCCUGCUCAGUGACGCCCACGUCACAGCCAUGUUACAGUGCCUGGAGGCUGUGGAACAGAACAACCCCAGACUUCUGGCUCAGAUUGACACGUCCAUGUUUCUCAGAAGGAGUGAGGCCCCAUUGCCUGUGACGAAGAGUCAAAGCCUGACAGCCCUUCCUGGUUCUGUGUGUAUCCCUCCUAUGGACUAUACACAACACAGGUACUUCGGAUCCUUCUCCAGUCUGCACCAACCAGCCUCCACCAGCAUGUCAGACAGGAGACCAGCAAGCUCCUCCGUGUGCAGCAGCACGAGCCCGCCUCUGGAAAAUGCCCUGUACAACGUAUCCCUCUUGCUGCCUGAGGACAGGUCCCCUCAGGGCCCACCUGGCCUCCCCCGGCUCAGUGUUACCUCCCCCAGAGACUCCUUCUCUUCGGUCAGCGAGAUGAGCACCAGCACCGUGACCAGCCAGAGCGAGGACCCCUGGGCGGGUAGCCAGGACGACGCCCAGAGCGACGCCAACGAUGGGCCGGAGUAUCUGGCUAUUGGGAACCUGGGGCGACCGGGCCGGGCCUGUAGCAGCCAGAGCAGCACUAACGCCACCAGCAGCAACAAGAGCAGCAGCUCCAACCUGUUCUCAUCCAGCAGCUCCCAGAAGCCGGAGUCCAUCUCCUCCUUGGAGGACCAGGGUGCGAGCAGCGGCAGCAGGGGGAUGAGCCUCUUGCGCAGGUCCAGCUUUUCAGAGGGGCAGACAUCAACCCCCCAGGGGAUCCUCAAGAGAAGCCAUGCACGCUCGCACUCCGAUACCAACGUGGCCUCUGGGAAAACUCCUGGAGGCCUCAGGGAUAUCACCAUUAUAAUAGAAGAUCCAGUGGCAGAAUCCCAGGGUGACGCCUCAAGGAUGAUGGGUCAUGUCUCUGGUUCCACCCAGAGCAGCGAAGUGAGCACGCCCAGCUCCCUCUACAUGGAGUACGAUGCUGGCCAGUACCUGAGUUCGGGGGAAGGGAUGUUCCGAAGACCCUCGGAAGGACAGUCCCUGAUCAGUUACCUGUCUGAGCAGGACUUCGGCAGCUGUGCAGACCUGGAGAAGGAAAACGCUCACUUCAGCAUCUCUGAAUCACUGAUCGCUGCCAUCGAGCUGAUGAAAUGCAAUGUGAUGAACCGGCGGCUGGAGGAGGAGGAAGAGGAGAGUGAUAAGGAGAUCCAGGAGCUCAAGCAGAAGAUUCGCAUCCGGCGCCAGCAGAUCCGCAAGAAACACGUGCUCCCUGCCUACCGGGAGGUGGGCUCAGACAGCUUCGUGGCUACAGACAGCGAGUCCCAGUUCAGCUCCCGUGACUCCAUGUGGCUGUCUGACUCAGGCUCAGCGGAGGAUGUGGAGGAGUACGAGAUAAGAGAUGGUAACGAUGGAUCUAACCUGAUUCAAAUGUCCAAGAACGGCCUGUCAGUGUCAAUGGCUUCCUUGUUUUCAGAUGCGGACAUCAGGCGGGAUGCAGCGUCUAGCAGGAAGUCUUUCCUCUCCUCGGAAUCCAUAUCCCACUCCUUCCUCCAUUCGAACUCAGCGGAGGCCGUGGCCAUGGGCCUGCUGAAGCAGUUUGAAGGGAUGCAGCUCCCAGCCGCUUCUGAACUGGACUGGCUAGUCCCAGAGCAGGAUGCCCCUCAGAAGCUCCUGCCAAUUCCGGACUCUCUGCCCAUCUCGCCUGACGACGGAGAGCACGCCGACAUCUACAAGCUCCGAAUCCGGGUCCGCGGGAACCUGGAGUGGGCUCCCCCCCGGCCGCAGAUCAUCUUCAAUAUUCACCCAGCCCCAACGAGGAAGGUGGCUGUAGCCAAGCAGAAUUACCGGUGUGCAGGCUGUGGCAUCCGGACGGACCCCGAUUACAUCAAACGGCUGCGGUACUGUGAGUACCUGGGCAAGUACUUCUGCCAGUGCUGCCACGAGAACACCCAGAUGGUCAUUCCCAGCCGCAUCCUGCGUAAGUGGGACUUCAGCAAGUACUGCGUCAGCAACUUCUCCAGGGACCUGCUGAGCAAGAUCUGGAGUGACCCACUCUUCAGUGUGCAGGACCUCAAUGCCACUCUGUACCGGAAGGUGAAGGCUCUGAAUCAAGUCAGGCUGUUGAGAAUCCAGCUGUUUCACUUGAAGAACAUGUUUAAGACCUGCCGACUAGCUAAAGAGCUCCUGGAUUCCUUUGACUUGGUGCCAGGUCAUUUGACGGAGGAUCUCCACCUCUACUCCUUAAAUGACCUGAAUGCCACUAAGAAGGGGGAGCUAGUUCCCCGCCUGACGGAGCUCAUAAAGGCAGGUACCCUGCACGUUGAGAGAUGCAUGCUGUGCCAAGCCAAAGGCUUCAUCUGUGAGUUCUGUCAAGAGGAGGACAUCAUCUUCCCCUUCGAACUGAACAAGUGCAGGACGUGUGAAGAGUGCAAGGCCUGCUAUCACAAAUCCUGCUUCAAAUCGGGCUGCUGCCCCCGGUGUGAGCGCCUGCACGCCAGGAGAGAGCUGCUGGCCAAGCAGAGCAUGGAGUCCUACAUCUCUGACUACGAGGAGGAGGAGCAGCCGCCAGGGGCAGUGGCCGCAACAUGAGUGUGGUGGCGGAGGGGGAAGAGGAGACCAGCGGAUGUAUUUGUGUGUGUGGCCUUCAUCACCAGAGACUAAACUAGGGACUAACCUGACUCUUCCACCGUAAAGGAGCCUGUGGGAGGGCUGUAUCAUGGGAGAUCUCAGAGCAGCUGGCCCUCACGCACUGACGGUAUCGGCUUGGUUUGUUUCAAGAGAGCCGGUUUCUUUUCUCUCUACACGAUGGUGUUGGGGACAGUGGACUCCGGACGCUAGUUCUUGCAGUCGUGACCCUGCCAAGGUGGACACGCUGCUGCCUUCCUACAGGGUCCGGCGGCGAAUCCUGUCUGUUCCACACUCGGAGCGCAAUGAGCGAUUGUAUGCCUGGGUGCUCCACCUGAUCCCUUCGGGAGGAGCUCAGCCAGCAGACUGUGUUAGCCAGGAGCUGCGCUGUCCUCCCUGAAGCAGGUUCUUGGGGAGCUCCCACCAGUUAGGAGGUGAAAGCUCCUGUCCAGCUCAGCCCUCCAGGGGGAGUAACUGGAGUCCUGCUGCUCCCUAGGCUUGCUGCAUUGGGGCAAAAGAGAAGGGGCUUUUGCCAAGUCCUCUGCCUGUAACACACCAUAUCCUUUGCUGCUGACGUGAUCUUUUUAACAGUCCCUUAUUCAGAACUGAUAUGACUUGAUUUGGGGGCGGGGGGAAGACGAAGCAGCAAACAGCGCCUUGUCCUCUGCCUGGUGGGAGCAGUCACUAAUGGCGGAUACCCGCUGGGCUGGUAGAUCAGGCUAGGGCACGCGGACUGUAGGUGACAAUGGAGUUGAUCUGAUUUUUCCCUUAGGCCCGGCCCUGCUUUAGUUGCAUGCAGGCUGGAGGAGAGAUCUGUGCCAGUCGCUGUUGGGAUCAGCCACUUUCUCCGCUAUUGAUGUUCGGUUCCUCAGACUGUGCCUGGUGCCGACGGAGCCCUCACCUGCUGGGUGAAGGGCUGGGCUUGUCGUCCCAGAGGCGUGAUUGUCACCUUUCCCACAGCGCAGGUGCCGGGAGAUUGCCCUGUGCCAUGCAGCAGGUGAACAGGGGGCUCUUGCUCUUCGGGCCGGAAGGCGGGGAGGCCACAGACAAUGGGACAGCUGCAUGCCCAGCAUGGGGAGAUGAAACACCUUAGCUGAGCCGGAGGAAGCAGCAGGUCUGAAGCCGGAUUCUCUCUGCUGAUCUUGGCAGGAGUUGAACUGCUACGAGUGUGGCUACCGAGUGCUCCUGUCCCCUGGACUGGGGGCAGUGUUCGCCCGUGUCUGUCUGCUGGGGGGACUGAGCAGUUACGCUUAGAUCCGAGACCAAGGGUCAGUUUGAACAAAGCCAGAGCUCAAUCCCUGGGUGCCAGGCGGCGUAGGGGCUCCUGCACCAGGCCCGGGGGAAACCCGCCCGCCAGCGCCUGGGAGAGCAGGCUGUGUGUGCGAUGGUGCUGCCCCGCCCCUGUAGCCUUGAAUGCUCAGCUUGCCUUGUGGCGCUGUGAGGACCCCAUCCUCACUCAGGCCAGUGAAGUGUAGACAGGCGUCUUAGCUAGAAGCAAACAUCUGGGACCACGGGAGACGUGGCAGGGGCAGAGGCCUGGAUCUCUGCCGUGUGCUGGGCACUCAGAUGACUCUACAUGACACUCGCCCCCACUAUUUCAGAGCUCGAUGAAGCCACAGUCGGUCUCAGUGGAGCCUUUCUCCCAUCCAUGCUGCACCCUCAGCAUAAGGUGUCCUCUCUGCAGUGGAUUCUGGCCGUGCCCCUGUUCCAGACCUUGGCGUUGGUGCGUCGGGCCUGCCAGUUUGUGCUGGGCUCCCCUGAUGCUGUUCUGUGACAUGCACCUGUCUCUCCUGUCACAGGCACCCUCCCCCUAGCAGUCCAGUACCUGCUGGAUCGAACGCUCGGGGAGGCAGACAGUGCAGCUGCUGAGCAGCCCCACGCUUCAGCCAGCUCCCUUGGCUUUAAGAUGAGAGCUGCACUUCUCAUCUCCCUGGAUCGGGUGCCCUUUGGAGUGACUGAGUAAUGAGCAUGUUUAGCAGGACGGCCAAUAACCUGGUAAAGGAGCCACCCCCAAGCGCACUGGGUAGAGCUGGCCUUGUGAUGUGGAGCGCCCUGUAGUCGGGAGAUUAGCCCAGUCCAGAACUUCUCCCCAGUACCCCAUGCUCCUCACUCAGUGCCUCAACCAGUUUGUUCUACUGAGCUGUGUGUUUGUGUGGAGAGAGAGCCUACAAAGCAUGUGGUCUUCCACAGUGCCCCCUGGCUGCCCCCUGGCCCAGCGUUCCUCAGAGCUGGUAUCUGAGAUCAGGCCCCCUAGCAGGUGUAAAGCUGUUCAUUUGCCAUCCUGAGCCCUCCCCCUCCCCCCCCUCGAGAGCAGGUGCCCACAGCCAGCUCCUCUUCUCAGUGUAUCAUUUCAGUUGAUCUUUGUGUAUAUUGGGUUAUUUUAAGUUGAUCUCUGUUAAAGGCAAUUGCUCCUGUCUUUUAAAUGAGCUGCUCUCGUUUGAGCUGGUCACUUAGGGCCACGUUUUAAAGCUAUUUAGGUGCCUAACUCGUGUUGAUUUCAGUGGGAGCACGGCACCACACAUCUUUAAAAAUCUGGCCCUUAGUGUCCAUUGCCAGCAGUACGGGAGGCAUUUUCUGCCUGGCUGGACUGUCCAGCAUAGACAAAUUGCACUCCUCCAGCACUUCAUGCUAGUUCCUGGUACGGGAUGUCCUGAUGCCCAGCUGAGCCCGGGCAGAGUUCUGUGGUGUGGCACAGAUGAGCAGCGUACUGGUAGUUGGUGUGAUUUAGGGGAGUCUACAAUGUGGCCUGCAGGUUCCUUCUUCAAUAUGGAGAUGCAGCCUGUAGCAACUCCCCGUUCGGGUAUUCAGUGCGCUCUCGGGGCUGCACACGGCGACUGGACAUCUUUGCACACUGGGGCUUGUGAUCUCUGCAGGUAGCGGCUGAUCUCGGCUCCGGUUUAUGGAAGAUGGGUGUGCCCCCGUUUUCAGCGCGGCCUUUGUCUGGGCACUCCAUGCAGUCAUGUACAUCGAAAGGCGCUGUUCGAGAGGUGGGGAGGUUGUGUAUUGCCUGGAAGUGGGGGUGAUGGUGGCGACUCUCCCUCAGCUCCUGCCCUGAUUGGUGGCUGGCACGUCAGGCUGAGCGCAGGGCAAUGCUGGGGUUCUAGCCUCUCGUGGACCUGGCCCCAUUCGUGCCAGCGGUGAAUCCCUGGGAGAGCUGCAGAGGCUGGGGCCGAAGUGAAACAGGCUGCAAGUGCCCUUGGAAGGAGGGAAAACUGCCAGGGCCGUCUGAGGGCAGAGGAAGGCUGGCUGCAUUUGGGCUCUGUUUCAGACAGGAUGCACUCGAGGAAGCAGCCUCUCCUCCCCCCUCCCCCCCCAACACACUUUUGUCAGUUGUGUAGGUAGGUUGGCUUCCUUGCAGCUGCUGCUUCCUCUCCUGCUGGGGGGCGGCAGACAAGAACUUGGGUGGCUCUUAAAGCGGCAGCUUGGUGGAACUGCUGUUGUUUCUCCAGGUGCAGGGCAUUGGGAGGUGGGCAUUGAGGCUGAUGGUGGAACUAGGUUCGGAUCAACUGUUCAGUGAGAGAUCUCAAUACUAAACGUAUCUGGAAGCCAAGGAGCAACUGCGACAAGGGUGUUACCCCACGGAGCAGGCAGCAAGGGUAGGUGGUUAUACAGGGCAGGCCUGGGUUUUGGCAGGUGGUUUAACAGAGCUGAGAGUGCAGGAGCUCUAGAGGUGGUAAAGUCCAUGUAAAGCAGAGACACUAGCAUUAAUAUCCCAUUUCUGCAUCAGAAGGAUGGUGGGAUCAAAGCCCAGGGCAUCUGUAGCUUGCCCAGAACUGACCUGUUGCAUGUGCCUUAACUUGAGAACUGACAGUCAGGGUCUGCUUUGUGAGCAUACUUUGAUCCCCCCUCCUCCCCCCAGCUGUAUUCUAAAUGCCCAGCCCAGCGAUCAGCUGCCCUCCUGUUUGUCACAUGCGUGCCCAGUGCCACCUCCUAGCUUUCAGCCUAAUAACGCCGCUAUAUGCCACUGAUGGCUGGCAAACUCCAGCUGGCUUCGAACUUUGCACGCGCUGUGGCUGACAAAAGCCGAUCCCGUCCUAUGAACUGCAGGAUGAUGAUUCUCACUGUCCUACAGCCGUCAAAUCCCUCCUUUAGUGUCAGCCGUGCCUGGUCUGAGACCUAGCACUACUGUCCAGACCCUUGGUGGUGAUGGCUGACGGACCGAUUCCCUCCCAUGUGCCGGCUCUGACCCAAAAGAACAGGACCUUCUAUGUUUUGUUUUGAAGCACUUUAACGUUGUGGGGUGUUUCCCUGGUGGCUAAGCUUCUGGGCGGUUUCUAGAAGCACUGAUUCCACUUCGAAAGACAGUGAGUGGAUUUGUGGGUUUUGUCCCCCUUCACAGUGGGACCUUUCUCGCUGAGACGGGGACCCCGCCUGGGAAUUCAAGACAGCGGAGGGUUUUAAUGCAAAAUGAUGCACAACACUAAUGAAGCUGCUACUGACCCAUUUGCCAAGCUAUUACAGUACUUACCACUGUAAAUAAGCGUAACUGUGUGUGUACAAACUCUUUGUAAAUACAGAGAAGGGUCAUGAUACUAUGUACAUGAUAUUCAAUUGGAUUCCUCUCUGCUGUAUUAUUGUACAGCAUACCAACAACAAAUGCCGUCCCUAAUAAACUAAGUUAAUAAACGCAUCAUUGGCUGCUCUUGCUUGA